UAUUUUGAAGUGCAGGAAUCGGAAACUUGUUUUUAUAAAACAUGGCGGCGUCGGGUAGUCGUUGUUGGGUCGCUCCGGAGGUUUACAAACACCACGAACAGAGAAAAGUAUGCAUUUCUCGGGCAAAAUAUCGAGAGGGGAGGAAAGCAAGGGCUGUUAAGGUGUACACCAUCAAUUUAGAGUCGUGUUACGUCAUGGUACAAGGGGUCCCCGCCAUUGGAGUUAUGACGGAGUUGAUCCAGCUAUGUGCUCUGUAUGGAACCGUGCAAGAAUACAGACCGUUGGAUGAGUACCCUGCUGAGGAGUUCACAGAGGUCUACCUGGUCAAGUUCCAGAAGAUCACCAGUGCCAGAGCAGCUAAACGGCACAUGGAUGAGAAGAGUUUUUAUGGAGGUGUGCUGCAUGUUUGUUAUGUACCUGAAUAUGAGACGGUGGAGGACACCAGGAUGAAGCUGCAGGACCGGCGGAGAUACAUACUUCGGGGUGCUUGUAGUAGAGCCCGUGAGAGGGAGCCGGAAGAGGCAUCAAACAAGGAGUCACCAGAACCCACUCCAGAGAUCAUCCUUCCACAUCAUGACACGAGUGACCGUGACAAUGAAAGAGAGAGUUCCAACAUCGACCACCAAUUUGGCUUUCCCUUGCUGCCGCUACCUCCGCAGGAACGUCUCUACUCAAAACACCAUGAUCAUGUAACAACAGAGGACAAAAUGGGGACGCUACACAACGCCAUUGUUAGGAAUGGAGAAAAAACGGCGUCAAGCGUGCAUAAAUCUCAUUUAGCAGAGGACAGACUGAACCCGAGUCAUCCGCAUGCAGUCAAAUUUGUGCCGAGGUCAACAAACUUUGAGAGCAGAAAACGCAGGAUGGAAGAUGAUGUGCCACACCCGCUGUCUGAUGUCAUGUCAGGAAAGAAUGAGGUACUCAUUGGACCCAAAUUAGAAGACACUCCUAAAGUGGACAUGGAGGAUGACUCGCUCAAUACGACCGUCGGCUUGAUCCGAAACGCAAUGAAACAGGUGUCGUCUGUUCCUGAUGUCAAACCGGUGGAAAAAAAGAUAAAACCACGUCGGAGGAUUUGAUCAGGACUUCACAUUCACAUUCUUUUUUUUUAAUGUGAUGACACAUCUCCCAUUAGAUGGUGACACUUAACCACAGGAUGUUUUUACUACCACUAAUAGACGUGGGAAAGUUGGAUUAAAUAAGCUCUGCUCUUACCUACUCCUUUUCGGACAUUUUGUAGUGUUCCUGUUGAUAUUUCUGCCAUGAAAAAUAACAUUCAUUAAUUCAUUUUCUACCGCUUUUCCUCACAAGGGUCACAGGGGGUGCUGGAGCCUAUCUCAGCUGUCUUCGGGCGAGAGGCGAUGUACACCCUGGACCGCUGGCCAGCCAAUCCCAGGGCACAUACAGACAAACAACCAUUCACACUCACAUUCAUAACUAUGGACAAUUUGGAUUUGCCAAUUAACCUAGCAUGUUUUUGGAAUGUGGGAGGAAACCGGAGUACCCGGAGAAAACCCACGCAUGCACGGGGAGAACAUGCAAACUCCAUACAUAGAUGGCCGAGGGGGGAAUCGAACUCCGGUCUCCUAACUGUGUGGCCUGUGUGCUAACCACUCGAGCUGGCAACAUUCAUUAAUUCAUUUUCUACCGCUUAUCCUCACGAGGGUCACAGGGGUUGCUGGAGUCUAUCCCAGCUGUCUUCGGACGAGAGGCGGGGUACACCCUGGACUGGUGGCCAGCCAAUCACAGGGCACACAUAGACAAACAACCAUUCACACUCACAUUCAUACCUAUGGACAAUUUGGAGUCGCCAAUUAACCUAGCAAAACAUACCCUACUAUUGUUGCCUCUUGCCUGAAGUCAGCUGGGAUAGGCUCCAGCACACCCCUGUGAGCCUAAUGAGAAUAAGUGGUCUAGAAAAUGGAUGGUUAUUAUUAUUAUUUUUAUAUAUAUAACUGGUUGCCAGUGUCACCAGUAAGUGUUCCAGACAUGAAUUGUUGCAAAACAUAGCUUGAAGUCACUCAUUUAUCUUGCCUAUCUUACAGUAAAUCUGUCCGUUUCAGUCAAAAAAAACAUGGCACCAUAUCAGUCAAUGUUGUUAUUUUGUUCUUGCUUUGUUGUGACUGGUGAGCACUUUCAUUUAAUUUUUUUUUCCCAGACUUGUUGGUGUCAUGAUCACUUGAAUGAAGCUUGUUUAACAUGCAGGGAAUAAAUAUACCAUGGCCAUGUUGCGUUGAAUAAACCAGUCAUGAUGUGUUAUAUAUAUCACUAUAUUGAUGGUUACUAUGGUACCCAUUAUGUCAUUAUAUAGUCAUAUCACCUCGUACUUCGGUACAUUCAUUCAUUUAUUUGUAAAAAAAAAAAAACAUUAAAAAUUAUAUCAGAAAGGCAGGAAGUAAACAAAUGUAACAGUUACUGAUUGUAAAAGUACCAGAUGGAGGGGUAGGAUUUAAUAAGCUUUGCUUCUUCCUACUACUUUUGGACAUAUGGAACUGUGAACUGAUUAUAUGAUGCAUUCAAUUGCAAUCUGAGGCUUGUUCAAAUGAAAUUAAACCAUUACCUUAAAAAGGUGCAUAAAAUAUGAUCACUCUUUUGCUUGAACUUGAAAGACACGCUGCUCAAAUGCCUCAAUUCUCUGUAAAGAGGCAAAACCAGAUAUUAAUGGAGAUGAAGAUCAUAGCUGUUAAAUUCAACUUCUCAACUCACUGUGG